AUGGCUCAGGGGAAUCGAACCGGGAUAACAGAGUUUAUUUUUCUGGGGCUAACGGAUCAGCUCCAGUGGCAGAUCAUCCUCUUUAUGUUGUUUUUACUUUAUUAUCUUGUCACCUUGGUCGGAAACUUGGGGCUGAUCGCACCGAUCGGAGUAGAUUCCCGUCUUCGCAGCCCCAUGUACUUUUUCCUCAGCCACCUGGCCUUUGUGGACACCUGUUCCUCCUCCACUGUUGUCCCAAAGAUGCUGACUGAUUUCUUCAAGGAGAAAAAAACCAUCUCCUUCCUGGGAUGUGCAGCCCAGAUGUGGUUCUUUGGCCUCUUUGUGGCUGCUGAAUGCUUCCUGUUCUCUGCCAUGGCCUUCGAUCGAUACGUGGCCAUCCGAAACCCACUGCUCUAUAGGUCGUUCGUGUCCCCAGAGGUCCGUGUGCGGCUCGCGGUGGCGCCUUACGUGCUGGGCUUUCUGAGCACCACGACCCACACAACGUCGACCUUUCGCUUACCCUUCUGCGGCCCAGAUGUCAUCAACCACUAUUUCUGCGAUAUCGCUCCACUCUUAGCCCUAGUCUGUGCCGACGUCCAGGCCAGUAGGUGGCUCCUUUUCAUCUCGGCUGGCACCGUAGGGGUAUCUAGUGGCCUGGCCAUCCUGGUCUCCUACCUUUACAUCCUCGUUGCCGUCUCGAGGAUUCGCUCUGCCACCGGCAGACGGAAAGCCUUCUCGACCUGUUCUUCCCACCUGACCGCUGUCGCCGUCUUGUACGGGACCCUCUUCUUUAUCUACGUUCGACCCGGUGCGAGCCUCUCGCUGCAUGUGAAUAAAGUGGUGUCUGUCUUUUACACAGCCAUCAUCCCCAUGUUGAACCCCCUGAUCUAUAGCUUGAGAAACAAGGAGGUGAAAGACGCCCUCUGUUGGACUUUGCAGAGGAAGAUGGUUCUCUACAGAACAUAUCAUUUCUAUGAACAUUCUAUGAAGGGAAGGUACCAGGAAACGACUUUGGUGAACGAUAGUGGGUUAACUAUAAGUGAAGAAGCUUUAACUGUUCCUGGGUUUGAUCUCUGUGAAUAUCACUGUUCAACAAUGAGAAGCUGUGAGGACUAG